AUGAAUAUGGAUUUGAACUUGAUGCCUCAAGAGGAAGAAUAUGAAACCAUUGAUUUGAACUUGAUGCCUCAAGAGGAAGACGAUGAAGGUAUUAAUUUGAAUUGGAUCCCUGAAAAGGAGGAACCUCAAGUGGCAGAGAAUGUGGCUAUGGAUUUGAACUUGAUGCCUCAAGAGGAAGACGAUGAAGAUAUGAAUUGGAUGCCUCAAGAAGAUGAAGGGAAAGAGGAUGAAGCUCAAGAGGAAGAGGAUGAAGUUAUGAAUUGGAUACUUCAAGAGAAGAGAAGAGAAUUGUCAGAUAAGGAGAGGCAUGGUGUUUACUUUGCCUUGCUGGUAAUCGAGCUCAAAGAUGGGUCUGUUCAACCAGACGACAAGCUGCUAGUCUCAAACCUGUUGGACAUAAGUGUACGAUCUGUUGAAAGAAUCUGGGAAGAGGCUAAAAAGCAAAUUGCCGAUGGCAAAGAAGUAGAUGUCUCAAGCAAGAAGCCAGGAAGAUCAGGCCGAAAGAGAAAGGAGCUGGAUCUAGAGAGGACCUCAACAAUCCCACUGAAUAAAAGAAGAAAAAUUCGAUCUCUGGCACGGUCUCUAGGUGUGGCCCGAUCGACCCUACAUAAGAGGUUCCAGUUGAAUGAGCUCAACCGCAUCACAAGCACUGUGAAGCCUCACCUCAAGCUAGAGAACAAGCUUGCGAGAUUGAAAUUUUGUAUGUCCAUGGUCGAUGACAAUUCGAUCUCAACUUCUCGGGCUAUGUUAAAACCAAUGACGAACAUGGUUCACAUCGAUGAGAAGUGGUUCGACAUGACGAGAGUGAAGAAUAGUUACUAUGUACUUCUAGGAGAACCUGAACCGAAGCGCACCGUGUCAAACACUCAUAGCAUUGGGAAGGUAAUGUUCCUAACAGCUGUUGCCAGGCCUCGAUAUAACAAUGAGGGGGAGCUAACAUUCGAUGGGAAGAUCGGCAUUUGGGCAUUCGUCGAAGAGACUGAGGCGAAGUGGACAAGUCAGAACAGAACAAAGGGAACAAAAGUGUUGACAUCAGUGAAAGUAACCAGGCCUGUGUGCAGAGAUUAUCUAAUCAAUAAGGUUAUCCCGGCAAUUCAGGAUAAGUGGCCUGACGAUGAUGAGGGAGCAACAAUAUUCAUCCAAAAGGAUAACGCAAAGCCUCAUGUCCUUCCCAAUGAUGUAGCUUUUCGAGAAGUUGUGGAACAAACUGAUCUUGACAUCCGAUUGCUACAACAGCCCCCAAAUAGCCCUGAGUUAAAUUGUUUGGACCUCUGCUUCCAUAAAUCUCUCCAGUCUCUAACCGACUGCAGGUCACCUACAAACAUCCAGGAACUGGUACAGGGUGUGGAAGAGGAAUUCGAGAACUACGAUCCCGACAAGUUGCACAGAAGCUUUAUCACAUUAGAAGCAGUUAUGUUUGAAGUUAUGAAAGACAAAGGAGGAAAUCAAUAUAAGUUGCCCCACUUGCACAAGGAUCGCGUUCAGAAUGCUGGAAUGGAAAUAACCGGUGUAUAUUGCGACAGUCGGGUAGUUGUUGAUACUAGGGCCCUUAUAGAAGAAAUGGAAAUUGCAAUAGGAAGAGAAAAUGAAAGGAAAGAAUUAGCUAGAGAAGGUAAAAGAAAGAAAAGUAAAGGGAAGGGAAGGGAAGAAGUGGCCAGAGAAAGAAUGUAG